CUAUCCGGUCUUUCGCGUCAUCACCCUGCCCACCUGGGUGGCGCGUGGCUUACGCAACGGUUACUGGGCUCCUGGGCCGCUCCCGGGCCAGCGAGGGCUGCGAAAGAAGUUGUAGCAUGCACACCACAGAAUCAAAAAAUGAACAUUUGGAAGAUGAAAACUUCCAAACAUCUACAACUCCUCAGAGUCUCAUUGAUCCUAAUAAUACUGCACAUGAAGAAACUAAAACUGUCCUAUCAUAUACAGAAGAAAUAAAACCACGGACAAAAAAGGAGACAUACAUUUCUUGUCCUCUAAGAGGAGUAUUGAAUGUAAUUAUUACAAACGGAGUUAUACUGUUUAUGAUAUGGUGUAUGAUCUGGUCAAUCUUAGGCUCUGAAGCUCUCCCCAGUGGAAAUUUAUUUGGAUUGUUAAUUAUUUUUUAUAGUGCCAUUAUUGGGGGAAAAAUUUUACAGCUCAUUAGAAUACCUUUAGUGCCUCCACUUCCACCUCUUCUUGGGAUGUUACUGGCUGGUUUUACGAUUAGGAAUGUUCCAUUCAUCAAUGAACAUGUCCAUGUUCCUAACACAUGGUCUUCAAUUUUAAGAAACAUUGCCCUUACCAUUAUUCUAAUACGAGCUGGGCUUGGACUCGAUCCACAGGCUUUGAGGCAUUUGAAGGUGGUUUGUUUCAGAUUGGCUGUAGGUCCAUGCCUUAUGGAGGCAAGUGCAGCUGCUGUUUUUUCCCACUUCAUUAUGAAAUUUCCCUGGCAAUGGGCAUUUCUAUUAGGUUUUGUUCUAGGUGCUGUCUCUCCUGCUGUUGUUGUACCUUACAUGAUGGUGCUGCAAGAAAAUGGAUAUGGUGUUGAGGAAGGCAUUCCAACUUUACUAAUGGCUGCUAGCAGUAUGGAUGACAUUCUGGCUAUCACUGGAUUCAAUACAUGCUUGAGGAUAGUCUUCUCCUCAGGUGGUAUACUUGAUAACGCCAUAGCCUCUAUAAGGAACGUAUGUAUUAGUCUGCUGGCAGGAAUUGUUUUGGGAUUUUUUGUUCAAUAUUUUCCAAGUGAAGACCAGAAAAAACUUGCAUUGAAGAGAGGAUUCCUUGUUUUGUCUAUGUGUGUUUCUGCUGUCUUAGGCAGCCAACGUAUUGGUUUACAUGGAUCUGGAGGAUUAUUCACACUAGUGUUGAGUUUCAUUGCAGGGACAAAAUGGUCCCAAGAAAAGAUGAAAGUCCAAAAGAUUAUUACAAAUGUAUGGGAUAUUUUUCAACCACUUCUUUUUGGUUUAGUUGGAGCAGAAGUAUCUGUUUCAUCGCUUGAAUCAAAUAUUGUUGGCAUAUCUGUUGCCACUCUGAGUUUGGCAUUAUGUGUUCGAAUUUUAACCACAUAUCUAUUGAUGUGCUUUGCUGGUUUUAGUUUUAAGGAGAAAAUAUUUAUUGCUUUAGCAUGGAUGCCCAAAGCUACAGUACAGAUGGAGUCUUACUCUGUCACCAAGCUGGAGUGCAGUGGCGUGCUCUUGGCUCACUGCAAUCUCCGCCUCACGGGUUCAAGUGAUUCUCCUGCCUCAGCCUCCUGAGUAGCUGGGAUUACAGGUGUGCGCCACCACAUCCAGCUAAUUUUUUUGUAUUUUUAGUACAGACAGGGUUUCACCAUGUUGACCAGGAUGGUCUCAAUCUCCUGACCUCGUGAUCUGCCCACCUCGACCUCUCAAAGUGCUGGGAUUACAGGCGUGAGCCACAGCACCUGGCCUCUUGAGUAGUUAUCUUUAUAGCAGUGUGAAAACAGACUAAUACACCUACUAUGUAGAGAUACUGUGCUAAAUGCAAAUACAGUAGCUGUCUUAUUUAUAUCUAUGUAACCAGUGCUUAGUAAUUUGCACAGAACAGGACUUCAGUAAACAACUAAUUCAGUUUAUCUGUGGUGUAAAUCCAGAUUUUCAUAUACUUGGAACCAGGUUUCUUUUGUCUGUAAAGCAGGAAUAACAACUGUAAGUUCAUUUGUUCAACAGUAUUUACUUAGUACCCACCACACUCCACAAAUUGCACUAUGUGGGGAUACAGGCUAAUAGAUAAGGUCCCUUCUCUCAUAGGGUAUAUAUUUCAGAGGACAGAGACUAUAAACAAGUGAACAAAUAAACAAGAUGAUCACAGACUGUAGUAACUGUUAUAAAGGAAAUAAAGGAUGACAUAAGAGAAAAACUAACCUGGGGCAAAGCAGUAGGUUGGCUGCAAUUUUAGGUAAGGGGUCAGGGGUUUCUGAAAAAAGAACCUUUAAGCAGAGACCUAACGAAUAAGAAGCCAGGAGCUUAAGCACUUGAGAGCAGAAUUUUCAAGGCACAAAGAAAAGUAAAGAGUCUUCUAACUUCAUAGGAUUGCUGGGAGAAAUGAAUGAAGUAGGAACCCACUCAGUAAAAACUACAGAACACAAUUCAAACUAUUAAUGCAUUCUGCCUUAAAACUAUAUAGUUAGGUAAAUAUUUGUCUCCUCCCCAACUAAACAAAAAAUCCCUAACUCCCUACCCUUCAACAGAGACUUACAUAAACCAAGACCUCAGUAAGUUUUAGCCUAAUUGAGUUCGUACUCCAAUAAACUGGCAUUUGAGGU